AUGGAACAUGUGCAGAACCAUAAUUCCACAAAGGUUCUCUAUGCUGAUCUUGUAAUCGAGAAGUCAGCACUUCACCGCUUCAUGCAGUUCAUUGAGGAAAUGGGAGCUGUUACAGAUCACAAUUUCACAACAGUGUCACAUUUUGCAGUCACAACAGAUUGCAGUCCAGAUGGAGGGAAGAACAACUGCAGCUGUUUAGAGAAUUACUCUUGGACUGAAGAUGUUUCUGAAAGUAAUCAAUGCUGGAAUAAGAACUGUGUAUUUGAUACUUCAGAGGUCACUGCCGUGUGUCUUCCUGUAAACAGAGUUUCUAUAAAAGGAGAGCUUAAAAUGGAGGAUCAAAUUUAUUCUGACAAACUUUUGGAUAAGACAAGUUCAGAAUAUAAGGCCCUUAUCAAUGAACUCACUGAACAGCUCAAAAGGGUGUUCAGCACACUGAGAUGGUUUGACAUCCUGAGCAUCUCAUCUUUCAGGAGGGGUAGCAUCAUCGCAGACUUUGAUAUUCAAUUAAAUGAACAAGUUUCAACUGGGGAUCUUACAAGUAAAACUGAUGAAGUAACACGUCGUCUGAAUGCCACGGUCAACCUGGUUACCAUAGGGAUUGUAAAAAUGACCGUGCCACAGGGUCCAGUCAAACUGAAAUCACCACUGAAUAUAUCUUGUGAAAUAGCUGAGAACAUUGGAGAGCCAGAAUGGUACCUAUCAAGGGAUGCUGCAAAUACCGCUACUUCUUCUUCUUCUUCUUCUUCUUCUACUGAGAUAACAUAUGGAUCUGAAGCACGUUUUUCUGAAAACAAACGCUUAUUGGAGCUGACAGCAUCAGAAAUCUGGAAAGGCACAUUUACCUGUGAUUUCAAAAGUGGCAGCGUAAUACACAGAGGAAGUGCAUAUUUGGAUAUUGCGCUUUUACCAGAAAUAACAACCAUUGUGAAACCCCAAUUUCCAGACUGUAGAGACCUUACAAAGAAAAUACCAGUAGAUAUGGAGUGUAGAAUUCGUAACAGCUCAGAGAAUUACGCCGUUUUUUGGGAGGAAACAAAAGACAAUUUGAUCUUUUACAAAGCAGACACAGUGAUUAGCUGCAAGAGGAAAGAAGACAGGGCAACUGCUGCUUGUAUUUUCAAAAACAGACUUAAUGAUAGUGCAACAAUGCACGUGUACAUUCCUAUCAUCUACAACAUAGGUGUGACAUGCGGUAUCAAAAGUGGGAUGGUGUGUGAAAAAGAAAAUCAGUGGCCUUUGGCAAAAGCCAGUAACACUGCGAUAUUAGAAUGUGAGGCUGGAAGAUACGGUGUGCAAAAGAGAGAAUGCUCAUCAAAUGGUACUUGGCUGGAUGAGACCUCGAACUGUGUGAACGCAGAAGUUCUGGAUGUUCUGCAGAGAACACAGGAGAUUGAAAAGGGACUUGGGGACAUUCAGAAGAAAUCCCCUGAAAUCUUUAAGAAGAUGAAAGACACAACAGAUAAAUCAUCUUUCAAAUCAUUUGCAAAUCUAAAUGCAUCUGUGGAAUCUCUAAGCACUAUGCUUAAAGCCUCUUUCAAUUUCAGAGUUGCAUCUCUAAAUGGGACUCCACUGCCUGACUCUGUACUACCUGACUUUGUACAGGCAUCCAGCAAUCUUCUGAAUGGCUCUAUGAGAUCUUCCUGGGACACGGGCUACAACAGUAAUUCAAAAAAUGACAGUUUAGGUGUUAAAUAUUUAAGUGCUGUUGAUGGGCUGAUACAACAUGCAAUUUCAAAUGGGACAACAAACAACACUCUGGAGCAAGGAAGUGAAAACUUGGAACUAAAAAGCUGUAGAGGACAUUUAUGUCAGGUCUUUAAUACAUCCAUAACUUUGAACCAACCUAAUUCUGAAAUGGCUGUAAAAGUGGCAGGGUUUAAGCAUCUGGUGGACUACUUACCAAGGCCUAAGACAGAAACAGAGUCAAAAACCAUUGUACUGUCACUUCACAUCCCCAAUUACAAUGGCAAUGUAAUCAUUGACUUUAAUUUGACCAGCAAAAGGCUCCGAAACCAUGAAAUGAAUUGUGUUUAUUGGGACGAAGAAGAAGAAGAGUGGUCAGACAAGGGUUGUAGAUGGGAUGGUGCUGAAAACGCAAGGAGAUGUAUAUGUGAACAUUUGUCUUCAUUCACCAUUCUGAUGUCAAAAAGCCCAGUUAAACUGCCAUACAUGGAGGAACUGACAUACGUCGGUGUCGGGGCAUCAGUCAUCUCUCUUGCACUCUGCAUAAUCAUUGAGUUCUUGGUGUGGAAUACAGUUGUCAAGUCAAAUGUUGCCCACUUCCGACACACAGCCUUGGUCAACAUCUCCUUUUGCCUACUAACAGCAGAUUGCUGCUUUCUAGCAUCAGCCUUCCCAAACUCUGCUCCUAAAAAUUGGUGUUUGACUCUCACAGUUUUAAAGCACUUCUUCUUUCUUGCCAUGUUUUUCUGGAUGCUGUGCCUGAGCAUUGUGCUACUUCACCAAAUGAUUUUUAUCUUUGCGCAGUUGAGGAAAAAAAUUUAUCUGGGAUUCUCAUUUGUUCUUGGAUAUGUGUGUCCUUUGGUUAUAGUAGCACUUACACUGAUUUCCUAUAACAAUGGCGAAGAUGAAUACUACUACUCUAAAUCAAGCUGUUGGUUAAAGUAUGAUGGACCUUUAAAAGGGUCUAUUCAUGCCUUUGUAUUUCCUGUUGGUAUAAUAGUAUUAAUCAACAUGUUUUCUAUGUUUGUGGUCAUUGCAAAGCUCUUAAAGCCCUCUGUGUCAGAUGGGAGCAUUACUGAUGAAAAAAACACUGCCAAGAGUAUCUUAAAGGCCGUUGUCUUACUAACGCCGAUCUUUGGAACAACUUGGUUGCUUGGAUUGUUUGUGAUGAUAAUCGACCUCACAACAAAACCCACUGCCUAUAUUGUAAAUUAUGCAUUUACUUUUUUCAAUGCAUUCCAGGGCUUCUUCAUUCUGCUUACCAGUUGUUUUGGAGAGAAAAGGGUACGAGAUGCACUUUUAAUGCGUUUCGGUUCAAAACAUUCAAAAACUAUCAGGAGUGAGACUGCAACAAAAACGGUUUCAUCUGUACAGAAGAAAUAA